CCGACGGUCUUCUCAGAGCUCCUCUAUAAAUACAUGUUACCUCUUGCACCUUAUAUAUCCACGCACCAAGCAAAAGGCCUCCUUUUUCUUCUUCGUCCAACCAAAUCAUUAGUCAUGGCUUCCUAUGAUCUGCAUCCCACCUCGGCCUUCAUUCCAGCCACUGCCACUAAAUUAUGCCUUUUCUUUUCACUUGUUGUGGGACUGGCUUCUGCUCAGUUAUCCUCUAAUUUCUAUGCAACUUCGUGCCCUAAUGCCCUUUCCACCAUUAAAUCAGGUGUUGUCUCUGCUGUGUCAAGUGAGAAACGCAUGGGAGCAUCAUUGCUACGUCUUCAUUUUCAUGACUGCUUUGUUAAUGGGUGCGACGCAUCUAUUCUGUUGGACGCGGGAGGAGAGAAAACUGCGGGGCCCAAUGACAAUUCAGUAAGGGGAUAUGAAGUAAUAGACAACAUCAAAUCUCAAGUGGAGAAAAUCUGCCCUGGUGUUGUGUCUUGUGCUGAUAUUGUAGCAGUUGCUGCGAGAGACUCCGUCGUCGCUCUAGGUGGACGUAGUUGGACAGUUCAAUUGGGAAGAAGAGAUUCCACAACCGCAAGUGCAGCUGCGGCAAAUAGCAACCUCCCUCCUCCAACAUUGAGUCUUAGUGGCCUUAUUAGUGCCUUCUCAAACAAAGGUUUUACUGCCAAAGAAAUGGUGGCUCUUUCAGGAUCUCACACAAUAGGUCAAGCAAGGUGCGUAUCCUUCAGGCCAAGGAUUUACAAUGACACCGACAUAGAUUCCUCUUUCAAAACAUCGCUGCAAUCCAAGUGUCCAAGCACGGGGCCGGCAGGAGACGACAACCUUUCCCCUCUUGAUGUCACGAGUCCGGCAUCUUUUGACAACGCUUACUUUAGGAAUUUGGUGGCCAAAAAGGGUCUCUUGCACUCAGACCAACAGCUCUUCAGCGGGGGUUCCACAGACGCUCAAGUUAAUGGUUAUAUCUCCAACCCAGCAAGCUUCCAAACAGACUUUGCCAAUGCAAUGGUGAAGAUGGGAAACCUUAGCCCACUAACUGGUUCAAGUGGGCAGAUCAGGACAAAUUGCCGCAAAGUCAACUAAGACAAAGCAUAAUUAAGUACACCAGCCAGGAUCCUUUUCGAUCGAUAUUUCUUUUGCUGAUAAUUAGAACACGAAGUCUAACAUUGUGGCUUGGUGGCCUGGCCACGAUCGAGGACGUCAAGUCAAACCAAGUCUUCUACAUAUAAUAAUUGAAGCUCUAUGGCGAUGCCUAAAAUCCUGAUCAUCAGCAUCCACAAUGUAUAUCAGUACUACGUAUUCAGCUUGUGUUGCA